AUGUUUUUAAAUUUUGUUGAUUCUUCUCGUUUGCUGCUGCUGCCGGGAAGAACAGCAGCAGAAGCAUUGCUGAAGCAGCAGCGUGAACGCCUAGCACAGCAGCAGCAGCAGCAGCAGCAGCAGCAGCAGCAGCAGCAGCAGCAGCAACGAUGUAUUAGCACCUGUCCCCCCCCUCACAAACGCCUACGGGGGCUACGCCGUUGCUGCACCCCUCAUCUUUCUGCUGCAGCAGCAGCAGCAGCAGCAGCAGCACCACCACCACCACCAACACCACCAGCACCACCAGCACCAGCAGCACCAGCAGCAGCAGCAGCAGCAGCAGCAGCAGCAGGAGGAGAUGAUUGUCCCCUUGCUGCUCUUGAGAGAAGCCUAGCAGCAAGAAAUAUAUUAUAUAGAUUGCGGCAGCAGGUGCUGCAGCUACAUAAACCCAACAGACACGGCGUCAGCCUCAUCUAUGGGGCCAGAAUCAGCAGCAACGAUGGAUACGAUUACAGGCAAGCACCAGCAGCAGCAGCAGCAGCAGCACCAGCACCAGCAGCAGCUGCUGCUGCUGCUGCUGCAGCAGAAGGAUCGGUAGCAGCAGCAGAGGGAGCGGUAGCAGCAGAAAGAGCGGUAGCAGCAGCAGCGGAAGCAGCAGCAGCAGCAGCAGCAGCAGCAGCAGUGUAA